AUGAACGCUAAACAUAACAACUCACUUUUUGAAAAAUUCCAUUGUAAAAAUAAUAUUUCAUGUGGAAUUCCAAAUAAUUUUAAUAUAGAAAGUGGUACAUUGAUGAAAAAAAUUGAAGAUUACAAUGAAAAUAUAGUUAAGAAAAAGAAUUUCAAUAAAAAUUUAGGAGAUUUAAUUUAUAAUAUCUCUAAACUUAUACUUGAAAACACAAAUAAAAAUAGUGUACAUGAUGAAGAUAAUUUUUUGAAUGAAAAUAAAAAAAAUAAUAAUUAUAAUGAAAAGGAAAAAUAUGUAAAUAAUUCAAUGAAUAAUUCUGAAAAUAAUAAUUUAUUUGUAAGUGAUAAAAAAACUGAAAUUGAAAAAAUUUUAAAUAAUAUCGAUUAUAACAAAAAAGAAGGAAAUUUGAAAUUUAUAAAUAAUAAUGAUAAAUAUAGCAAUGAUAUUAAUAGUAAUUUAAUUACAUUAAAAAAUGUUAAAAGUACAAAUUCAAAAAUUGAGAAAAAUAAAUUAAAUUUUUUUAUUGAUACGAAAAACUGCAACCAAAAUACUAAUGAAGAAUGUAAUAAUAUUUAUAAUAAUACUAAAAAUUUAUUAAAUAUUCAAAAAUGUGAAGAAGAAAAUGAAAUGAGAGGAAUUGAAAAAUUUUCUAAUUUUAAUAUAAAUGAUAUAAAAAAAGAAUCUAAAAAUAAACUUAUAUAUACAAAUGUUGAUUAUACAGAAAAAAGAGAAGAAAACUUUGAAAAGAAUUAUAAAUUAUAUGAAGAACAUAUUCCUUUUCAAACAAAAGAACAUAACCUGAAUAAUGAAAAAAUUAAACAUAAUAAUAUAACUAGUCAAAUUAUUAAGGAAAUAAAAAGAAAUAAGACAAAUUAUAAUUUAAAAAAUAUUGUAAUAACUAACGUUUUCUUGGGGAAUAUUCCACCAAAUAUAACUGAAGAAAGAUUAAAAAACGUCUUAGAAAUUUUUGGAUUUAUAAUUCAUGUUGAAUAUAAGUGGUCAGUAGAUAAAUGGUCAUAUGCAUUUGUUUAUUUUAUUGAUGAAAAAUGUGCUGUAAAUGCAGUUAAUAUUCUUAAUCAGAAAAAAUUUUUUGAUAAUUCACCAAAUCAUAAAUUGAUAUGUUUUAUUGUUUCUAAGCAAAUUCCUAAUCAAAAUACUCUACAAUAUAACAAAGCAAAUUUUUCCUUAUUGAAAGAUGGGCCACCAGGUGCAAAUUUGUUUUUAUAUGGAAUACCUUUAAAGUGGACAGAAUUAAAUUUAAUACAACUCGUAAAUAAAUAUGGCCAUGUUGUCGGGUUAAGAAUUCCGUAUGUUAAUAAAGAAAACGAUAAGAAACAAGGGAAUAGAGGUUUUGGUUUUGUUUCAUACGAUAACAAAAAAUCAGCUAUUGAAGCUUUUGAAGAAUUAUCAAAAAUGUAUAUACAUGGAAAACUUUUAAAAGUUCAAUUAAAAAACGGAGAAGAACAUCUACUACCAGCUAAAUUAAAAAAUAUUUAUAAUACGAAUAAAAAUAAAGUAAAAGAUAAUAAUAAUACAAAAAGUGCGCAAAGUUUAGUUAGUACAACAGAUACAUUGAAAACACUUAAUUCAAUAAAUUCUAAUGAUAUUAAAAAAAAAUUUAAAAACAAAUGUUCCAAUAACAAUGUUAAAUCAAAUAAUUUUAUAAAAAAUAAAAAUAAAUCAAAUAAUAGCUUAUGUAAUAAUAAUACCAAUAAAAAUAUUCAAAAUACUUCUACAUCUGAUAAUACUUGCUCUAAAGGUUUAUUAGAAAGUGAAUUAAAAAAUAAUUAUCCUUCAAACAAUUCAAAUAAUUGUGAUUCUCCUUCCAAUUAUUCAAACUCAAAAAUAUUUACAAAUUUUUCAGAUGAAUAUGAUAAAAGUUAUGUGACAAAUAAAAAUUUUAAUAUUUAUACACCUAAUUUGCAAUAUAAUACUAAUACGAAUGUUCUAUCUAAUGAAUUUUAUAAAGGAGAAAAAUAUUUAUUUGAUAUUAGCGAAAGUAGUUUUGAAAGAACUGAUAUGAAUAACGUUAAAUGUUUAGAUUUUGUAAAAAUAAAUGAAAAUAAGAUUAAGAGUUUAAAUUUAAAUGAUGAAAAAAAUAUAAAUAAAUAUUUGCAAAAUAAAGAUAAUAUGACAAAAAAAAUAAAUAUGAAUAAUAAAUCCGACUAUUCUAAUUUAUGUGAUAGCAUUGAUUCAGAGAGAGGGAAAAAAUUUCCAUGGAAAAAAAAAAAAAAUUCUCAAUUAUUAGAACAGAAAAUAAAAAAUUUAAACAAAAAUUUUAAUUAUACAAAUAAAAUAGAUACUAUAAGAGAUUAUAUAAAUAGUAAUAAAUUUACAUGUAAUAACUUUUUUGAAUCCGAAAGUCUUGAUAAAAAUCAGAGUUCUAAAUUAAAUAAUUUGAAAAUUAAAACUUGUAACAACCAAAAAAAUAAAUUUUCUAGCAAUUUAAAUGAAUUAGAAAAUUCUAGUAAUGCUUCAUUUAGUAAUACACAAAAUUCCAAUAUCAACAUUUCCGAUAAUUUUUUUAUAAAUAAUACCAAAACAUUACCUACUAAUGAACAAAAUGAAACACAAAAAAUGCAAACUUGUAAGAAUUAUGAACUUUUUAAAAAAAUAAAAAACAAUAUACAUUUAUACAAUGAAAACAGAAACAUAUGCUCCUUUUUAAAUAACAUUUGGUACAACAAUGAUAAAAAUAAUAAUACCUAUAACAAUAAUGAUAACAAAUAUAACAGUAAAACGAAAGAUGAUUAUAUUGAAAAUAAUUACUUUAAUGAAAUUAAUAAAACCUUUUAUUAUAAUGAAAAUAUAAAUAAUUUUGACAAAAAUGAAAAAGAAUACAACAAAAAUGAUAAUAUUAAUGAAAAUAAUAAAUAUCUUAAUACUAAUUUUGAAGAAAGUUUCUGUGAUACAUAUAAUAAUAAUAUGUGUGAUAAAAAGAAUUUAUCAAAUUAUUUUAAAAAUAUGCAAAUUUUUUUAAAGAUUUUAAAUAGUUACUCAAAAGAAAACGUAUUAAAAAUAGAUGACUAUUUUAAUAAUGGAAACAAGCAAUUACAAGAAAUAAUAAAUCAAAGAUUUAAUAAAGAAUUAGAUAAAAAAGAUAUUGAGAAUUUAUUUAAAAACAUUUCAUUUAAAAACAAAGAAACAGAAAACAAAACCCAAAAAGGAUUGUAUAAUAAAAUUUCUUAUUUAAAAAACAGUGAAGAUAAUUUAAUAAAUUCAGGAAGUGAUUUAUUUAAUUCAAAUUAUUUCAAUUUGAAUUUUUAUGAAGAUAGCCCAUUUAAAAAUCAAUCAAACAACGAGAAAUAUGUCACAAACAAUAAUAGAAUAGACCAUUACUUAAAUGAUAUAUAUAUUAGUGAUUACAUAAAUACCCACAACUAUGAUAAGAAUAUUUUGAAUUUUGAAAUAAUAAAUGAUAAUAAAAAUAUUAAUGACAAUAAAGAUAUAUAUGAUAAUAAUUUUAUUUCUGAUUAUCAGAGUAAUAUUAAUAAAUAUAUAUAUCAUCAUUAUAAUAAAAAUGUAACUAAUAGUACUAGCAAUAGUUGUAAGAGAGAUAUAUCUAAUAACAGUAAAAGCAUCAUAAAUAAAAAUAUGAAUUUUGAUAAUAGUGAUAAUACUAUAAAUAAUAACUAUAACAAAAAUAUGGAAUACAUUAAAAAAAAUGAUUCUAAUAAUUGCAUUGAUAAAGACAUUUGCAAAAUAAGCGAUUAA